AUGCCGUUUGACAAUUCAAAGUACGAUAUAGAUGAAGAGACGCGUAAUUUGCCAUCAACAGUCAGCUACUUCCCAAGAAUAGGUGAUUUGGAAGACCAAGUAACGGAAGAGUCAGGCGAAGAUUAUAGAGACUCGGCGUUGAAGAAAAUUAGCUCGUUGCAAAUCAAACUUGAGCAGUUACAAUAUUCUAGAGACUCAAAGAAUAUUGGUGGGUUGAAUUGGAAUUUUAACAAUUUUGCUGGUCAUACGCUAUACGCGUUGGCGAAUGAAGUAUUCGGUUUCAACGGAUGGUCAACUUUGAUUGAGGAAUGCGCUAUACUGGAAAUGAAUGUGGCCAAGCACCAAGGUACAGGCGACUCUAAGAAUGGUGGAACAGUAGGAAACACAUCUAACACUUCUGUUUCAACUUCUGAGACUUCGCGAGUGGAGUCAGAUGCCUCCAGUGAGGAUAAUGGUACACGAUACACGGCGAAGUGUAUUUGCGUGAUUCGCUUGACCUUACAAGAUGGAACUUGGACUAGAGGCAUAGGUGAGGGUACUGCUACCAAUGUUCCUCAUAAGUAUGUGUGCUAUUCCAAGUGCAAGAAAGAGGCUAUAACUGAUGGAAUGAAGAAUGCAAUUAUUAGUCUACGUGAUUUGUACUUUCGCUAUGAGCUGAAGAAAAUUAGCGAAGAAUUCGGCAUCAAUUGA